CAGAAUCGCAUUGCCAUCAUUUUGCAGCAUAACGUGGACUUAAUCCCACAGUUAUGAUAUCAGUCUAUCUAGCAUUAUCAAGAAAAACGGAUCAAAUCUCUUUUUGCACAAAAUUUUGUAUAACCUCCUUCGAAUAGAAAAGAGUGAUUGAUUUUGAAUUUGUCGUGAUUUCAAAAACAUUUUAUUAAAUCAUAUUGUUUGUUGCAGAGACGGUAGAUAAAAGUGCCAGAUAAUGCGUGGCUCACAUUUACCUUUUCUGUUGCUAGUCACAGUUACAGUUUUUAGUGUGAUUACACAUGCAAGCCACAAUGAAAUACGAAGACGCCGCAGCAUCGAACUAUCGUCGGCACAGAAGCUUAUCACUGAUAAUCGCUUGCCUACCGAUAUUGAGCCACUGAGCUACAUUCUCGAUUUGCGUCCCGAUUUCGAAUCAUCAACCUUUUCCGGUAGAAUUCGUAUCAAUCUAACGUGGAAAGCUGAAUCGAAAAUCAUUGAAUUGCAUUCACAUUAUGAUCUGCAAAUCGAUGAGACCAACGUUCAAGUUCGCCUGCUCGGUGCGGAUGAUUUAUCAAAGGGAAAACUCGUGGAUAUUCGUCGAACGGAUCGAUUACCUAAGCGGCCAGUGUUCCAGGUGUAUCUGAAGGAACCAUUAAAAAAUGGCACCAAAUGUGAAUUGGAAAUCAAUUUUAACGGACAUAUUUGGGAACAUGCUGAAGGUUUAUUCAAAGGCAGCUACACCAAUGAAAAUGGUGCCAAAGUCACAUACUUGGCGACACAAAAUCGUCCAAAUUAUGCUCGCAAAUUGUUCCCAUGCUUCGAUGAACCAGCCUUCAAAGUACCUUAUACUGUUAGCAUAUCGAGACCAUCAAAUUACACUACCAUUUUUCAUAGCACCAUUUUAUCUACAGAAAAACUCGAGAACAAAACCGGCUAUGUGGUUGAUCAUUUCAAAACAACCGAACCACUAUCAACAUUCGCCUUUGGUUUCAUCAUUUCACAGUUGACCAAAGUAAAUGCCACUCCAACGGAUUUGCUUAAGCCAAAGAUCAAUAUUUGGGCUCGCAAAGAUUUACAUGGAGAUUUGGCUGAUGUCUAUGAAAAAGUUUCAAUAACAUUGAAAUCGAUUCAAAAUUACUGGAACAUUGACUUCCCAUUGAGUGAAGUGAAUUUGGUGGCUGCUCCAGGUCUAUCAACUGUUAAACCAAUUGACAAUUUCGGCUUGAUUCUUUUUAAGGAGAGUGAUUUGGUGAAUCAAGGUUAUUAUUUAAUUGCCCAAGAACUUGUUUAUCAAUGGCUGGGAACAUGGAUCACUCCAUAUUGGUGGACCGAUGCUCAUGUGAACAAAGCAAUCGCCGGAUUUUUGGCUGCAUCAACCGCAAACGAAAUUGACAAUGGCAAAGAAUUCGAUGGAAAAUGGCCAAUGACAGUUUUGUACUCGAUUUACUAUGAGUUCAGCAAACGGUAUCCACAUUCACGAAUCACGGCAAUGAAACAAGAAACAACGUGCAGCAAAACCGAACUCGUGCUUCGUAUGUUGAACUACACAUUGGGUGCUGACACAUUCAAGAACGGAUUACGAAAAUUAUUCAAAAAAGAAGAAUGCAAAGAUCUCUUCAUCACUGAUGAUGUUUGGAAAUAUUUGACACAGCAGGCUCAUGCAGACAAAAGUCUACCGGAGGAUGUGACCGUGAACGAAAUCGCAACGUCGUGGAUCACCAAAGAUCGAUUACCAGUCGUUAGUGUAGAGCGUGAUUAUGCAGCGAAAACAGCCGUUGUUUCACAGCGUGUGUAUCUGCGCGAACGUCCGCAUGAUGUGCCCGAACAAGAUAAAAUGCUAUGGUGGAUCCCAUUGAUUUUAAUUACACAAGACAAUUUGAGCUUCAACAACUUCAAACCAUAUCUCUGGAUGAAAAAAACACGAGACAUUAUCCUCACCAAUUUGCCGGCCGACGAUAAAUUUGUCAUUGUCAAUCCCGAAGAAAUUGGUCCAUUCCCAGUAAAUUAUGAUACGAAAAAUUGGAAUUUGCUUGCAUCCUACUUACAAACGGAAGAGGGACGCAAACAAAUCCCAACUUACACUAGAGCCAAACUGCUCCACGAUGCGUGGAAUCUUGCCUAUGCUGGAGAUUUAAGCUUUGCAACUGCAUUUAAUAUGACAUUGUUCAUGAAGUUCGAACGCGAUCACUUGGUUUGGAAUCCCGUAUUCACAUUCAUUGACCACAUUGGGCGACACAUUGACAUGUCGAAUGUUCAUAAGAAAUUUGAGAUCUAUGUCCGAAUACUAUUAACGCCGUUGUAUGAAGAGCUUGGCCCAGUUCCACAGGAACACGAGGAAAAAUGGAAAGACAAUCUGAGAUCAUUGGCAAAAACAUUCUUAUGCCGAGCUGGAUACAAACCUUGCAUUGAAGAGGCCCAAAUUGCAUACCAUAAAUGGAUGGAUAGCGAGAAUCCAAAUGAAGGCAACCCUGUUUCGAAUCAAUUCAUUUGCCCGGUAUUCAAAUGGGGCACUUUGGAAGAAUGGGAAUUCGGAUUGCAACGCGUCAUCAACUUCCCACCAUCGCGCAAACAAAGUGAACGAACUUAUUUGCUGAAAACACUUGCCGGCUGCCCAAUCAGCAAGGGGAAGAUCGAGCGAUUGUUGAACAUAACGAUAUUACAACAAAAUGGUAACUUCACCGAAAAUGAUUUAUUCCUCAUAUUCAGCAUGCUUUCGGGUGGCUCAAGUGGAUACACAACACUCUUCAACUUUCUGCAACAAAAUUGGGAUCAAAUCAAGAGAAACUUCAAGGAAAAGACCAAUCUCUGGGACAAUUUGAUCAGUUCGGCAACUGGAGUGUUCACCACGCAAGAAGGAUAUGACAUGGUCUCAAAUUUGUAUGCCAAGCAUCAAGGUGAAUUUGGCAGUGCCGAUCACAUCAUUGAAAAAUCAUUGAAGAACAUCAAAGAGGAGACCAAAUGGAGCGAUGCAAAUUUACCUGUGAUUGAAAAUUGGUUGAAUGACUAUUUGAAAACGGUCGAUGUAAAAGAUCAGAAAUUUUUAUGAAUACGACAGUAAAUCUUAACUGUCGAUGUUAGCGACAGUUGUGUGCUAUAAAAUUUUAAACUAUCUCACAAUUUCACAAUCCACAUUUGAUUUAUCAGUUGCAUUUUUGUAUGAAUAUAGCAUAAAAUGAAAAAUGAAACCUUAGUUAAAUAUAUUUUCAGAGUAAAUACCCAAACCAAAGCAAAUAAAAUAGAAAAAAAUACUUAUGAUUGUGAA